CCUGAUAAUGUAGAAUCUAUGAAUCAGUGGCUAGAUUUUAUCAAAAACAGAACUAGUCCAUCAUUUAAGGAAAUGUCUAAAAAAUUCAAAGCAAUGCGCGCAGAAAGAACCUUACUCCACAGAACUAGUAGAAAAAGCUUUGCUCGUGUUGAAGAAGAAUUAAGGGAACAAAGUGAAAUCCCAGAUGCAAUAACAAGGUCUGAUGUUUGGAUUCAUGCUUACGAAGCAAAGAAGAAGGAUUCAGAUGUAGUGGAGGAUCCAGAAAUAGUGAAACAAGUGAAAAUGUAUAGAGCUGACCAAGAACCUUCAGAGAAAUGUUCUUUGAAAGAUGAUGCUGUUGCAAAAGUACUCGGUCCUGAUCCACGAGGACGAGUAAGAGGUUUGGGAUUUGGAGCAGUCCCUUCAAAGGCAGAUUAUCAAACCAGUGUUGGAAACAAAGUUGCUAAGUUAGAGAAUGCUUUAUUUUCUCAAUCACAAGAUAUGCUUGCUCAAUCACAAGAGAUCGAACGAUUGAAAGAGGUGGUUGGAACUAUUUUGGCACGGACAGAGAGAGAGGGGAAUAACCAUGGAAGUACUAGUGGUCAGCAUUCUGGUAAUGCGCUUUCACAACAAAAAGAUAAGGAAAAUACAAGUGUGAGUGUGCGGAAUUCUGAAACUGGGAGAGGACAAAUCAAGCUCAAUAAACAGAACUUAAGUGUUCAACAUUCUGUUGAUGAGGGGCUGCAGACCAAAGAAAAGGAAGGUGCAAGGACCAAGGGCAUUAAGAAUGAUCAUAGUAGAGUUGAGUUAUUAAAUUGGUUUCAAAUGGGAGAAGAGGUUGUUGCAAGUGCAAAACUUGAGUCAAAGGAUCCGACUGCAAUGGUCCAUCACAUGCCUCUGGGCCAAGAAUGUUGGAAAGUUUGGGUUCUUGAUGUUUUGGAGGAUAUAGCUUUGUAUCGACCAACGAGAGAGUUUGGAACGCUAAGUAUGGCUCAAGGAAGUACAAUUGCAUGGCCUAUCAAGUACAUCAAGCUAGUUUAGCUAGUAUUGAAACUUUGAGAUCAAUUGUAUUGUGCAUAUCUAUACACCAUCCCCAACUUGUUCUAUUGUAUGGGAUUUUAUCCCUGGAUGCUGAUAGGAAAGGGCAAGUGCUGCUGGUUUCUUUGUCUUGAUCUUAGCUAUCCGUCAUUUUCCACAUUUGCAUCAAGUUUGACCCAUCUGUAGGAGCUGCUGCGAUGUUUGGACUGUGGAGAUUUUCUAGAGCCUUAGAUUCAUGUGUGGAACAUAUUCUUGCACUGGAUGGGAGUCGGAUGCAGGCAGUUCUUUAAUCAACUGAAUAUUGCAAGUAUUUGAAGCUUUGUCUAGCUUUAUGGUUUGCUUUCAUUGCUUUUAAUCAGUUCAUGAGAAUGAUUUAGAGCUUUUAUUGAAUCACUUAUUUUCUAGCUUUAUUAUGGGUUUAUUAUAAGGAUUGUUUGCUUUCAUUUUCAUUAAGUAGUAUAUUUUGUAAUACGCUAUAUUCUGAACAUAAGU